UUAAAUUAUUUUUUCUAAUAAUUUAGUAUGUCUUCUAAAGUAGGAAUGGGUAGGGAAUCGGGAAGGUUAAAAGAUGCAGAUAAAAAGAAGGUACUUGAUACAGCAACUAGGAAUCGUAGGGCACGUCGAGCUCUGGAGAGUUUGGAAAUGGAUAACUAUCAACAAGAUCCACAUGCUGAUAUUGUAUUGAAUAAAAAAGCCCCUAAAUUUUUAGAUACUAUUGAGGCUAAAGGAAGCAGACGUAAAAAGGAAAAGAGUGCUGAAUAUUAUAAACAAAAAUUUCGAAGGACAUUUGAACAGUUAAUUGAAGCUGAUCAAUUUAACAACCGUGAUCCACCCAACUAUAAUACAAUAGAAGCACCCUCAUCUAAUUUGCCACGUCGAAUAUUUUGUGCAGUUUGUGGAUUCAGGAGUUCAUACACAUGUACAACAUGUGGUGCACGAUAUUGUUGUAUUUCGUGUUUUGGUACACACCAAGCCACACGAUGUCUAAAAUGGGCUGUAUAAAUUUCUGACAUUGUAAAUAAUAUGAUUUCUCAUAUAUUUUUAAUUUUA